AUGGGCCUCUUCGGCAGCAGCAAGGGCAAGGGCAAGGGCAAGGGCACCCCCGGCUCCUCGUCCUCCCGUGCUCCUCCUCCCCCUCCCCCUCCGGCGCCAGCGCGUUUCUGCCCAGGUCGCCGGCGCCUACACAUCCCGGUGCACCAAGCGCGGUGGCACUGGGAGUACAGGCAGCCGCUGCCCUACCCCGACGUCACGCGGUCGCACCACUGGCACCUGGAUCUGCACCGGAUUCCGGUGCCGGCGGUUCCGGAGACCCAGCGGGCACACGACGAGGAGGUGCGCAGGCGCCGCGCGCAGCUCACGACGGAGCAGCGGCGGAUACCCGAGUACGCCGCCGACUCUCCCAACUGGGAGGCUUGGUUUGCCCUCGAACACGAGGAGCAACGGCGUGUAGGCGUCGACGCCGUCCCGCCGCUGUUUCCACCCCCCCCCCCCCCCCGGUAG